AUGAGCGGCGGUAGCGCGAGCGCCGCGCCCUUCGUCCGACUCGGCGAGGCGGGCAAGUGGGAGAUCCAGCCGGAGGGCGCGCAGCUGCUGCAGCGGAUCGAGGCCCCAAUUGUUGUCGUCGCUGUCGCCGGGCUCUACCGGACCGGAAAGAGCUUCUUCCUGAACACCCUGGCCGGCAACACGGCGGCGCGCGCGAAGGCGGGCUUCCGCGUCGGCUCGACGACCGAGUCGUGCACGCGCGGCAUCGACGUGUGCGUGCCCGACGGCGACGCAGGCCAGUGCAGGCGCGGCUCUCUCGUGCUGCUCGAUACAGAGGGCCUCGCGUCGAUGGAGCAGGACGAGGCGUACGACGCGCAGGUCUUUGCGCUCUCGCUGCUGCUCUCGAGCUACUUCGUGCUCAACUCGAUGGGCGUCAUCGACGAAGCGGCCGUCGACCGGCUCUACCUGAUCGGCGAGCUCUCGAAGCACAUCUCCGUCUCGGCGGCCGCCGCAGAGGGGCCAGCCGGCGAGGGCCCCCGAUCUGUCCUAAGAGCCGGAACCCAGAUCGAGCGCAGCGGGUCGUUGCGCCAGUUCGUGACCAUCGACGCCACAGGCGGCCUCGCGCUUCUCGCGGUGAUGGCCGCCCGAGCGGGAGCCUCGCGCGUUUACGCGCUCGAGUCGAAUGCAGAGGCGUGCGAGGCGGCGAGGCGGACGGUGGCGGAGCUGGGCCUGCAGCAGGUCAUCGAGGUGCUCGAGGGCUACUCGACGGAGCAGCCCGCCCUGCCUGAGCCGCCGAGCCUGCUCGUCCACGAGAUCCUCGGCGAGGUCGCUGGCUGCGAGGGCGCCGCACGAUGUGUGGCGGACGCGCACGCGCGGCUGCUGGCGCCCGGCGCUGUGGCCGUCCCGGCCUCGGCCAGAUCGCUGUGUGCGCCCUGCAGCUGGCCCUCUGGCGAGUACUGGGCCUCGCUGCCGAACCCGGUCCUCUCCCCUCCCCCCGGGGCCGCGCUCAAGCUGCCUCGCUUCCCGCGCGAGGCGACCCUGGCGCCAGCGCAGCCGUUCGAGCAGCUCGACUUCGGGUCCGCCACCGCUGGCCGGCUCGCGGAGCCGCAGCACUCCCGGAUCUCCUUCGGGCUGGCCAGGGCCGACUCGUUGCGAGGACUGGCGCUACACAUCGAGGUCGCAUUCCCUCCACUAGCAGAGGGCGCCGCCCCGCGCGUGAGCUCGGCAGACGAGGGCUCGCACUGGCCCACCGUGCUGCUGCCGCUGCCCCAGCCCGCCGAGGUCGCCGUCGGCGACACGCUCGUGGUGGAGGCAGAGGCUCGGUCCGCCGACGAACAGCCGCGGUACUCCUUUCAUGUGUGGCUCCAGCGCGCCGGCGCGCCGUCCCAACCCGAGGCGCUGGGCUGUCUCUGCUAUCCAUGA